CACAGCGAUCAACAUCGACGCCAAACUAGAGGAUCAAAACAAACCCCAAAAACAUCACGAUCAAACACUACGAGAGAGCAGGAAUAUUCAAAAUUUGAGCACAACGCUCGCGGAUACCUGUGUGGAGCCGGUCCGCAGUCUGCACGUAGUAUAGUUUGAAGUGAUCGGUGGAACCAGUCGGACGUACAUUACGCGAUCAGGCAGUGAUCAAUCGUGGAAAGUUGAGCGAAGAAAAGUGACUCACACAGUCAGUGCAAAACGAGUUCGAGCGUGUAAGAGGAAGACAAUGAUUCAUUGCGCAACAUACGCACCAUAAAAAGAGUCAUUUCAAGCAUGCCGAUAUCGGCCAAUACCUAAAUCAAACGUUUUAGAGAUGGCGUUUUCAAUUAUCCGUACAAUUUGUGUUAUAGCUGCCGGAUUUGCAACUCAAGUGAAUUCGGUGAACUUGGUUGCAUAUAUUUCGCAGUAUGGUCUGCAUGGGGAAAUCUCAUUCUCGCAACACACAGAUCGAGAGGUUAGGAUAGUGUCAGACCUGGAGACAACUCUUCAAUAUCCGGAUCAGGGCUGGAGUUGGGGCGUACAUCAAUUGCCAGUGGAUUAUACAAUUGUCGAUCCCAAAGAGCGAUGUGAGCUGAGAGCUCUUGGGGAGCAGCUGUGGUCCUUCGACGACGAUCUGGGAUUUCUGACCCUGCCGGGGAAUGAGUCAACCAGCUGGUUGAACAACAUACCACUGACCGGGGAGAAGGGACUUUGGGGAAAAUCUCUGGUGUUGUAUGACCCAAAUAACAAUUUCAGGAUUUGUGCUACUAUUACCACAAGGGAUGGGUCGCAGGAUCAUAUUGCGGAGGCAAAGUUCAACAGUCCCGUCUCGGGAUCGAUUUAUUUUCGCUGGUUGGUUUCCAAGGAAACACAUCACACAGAUACGUUGAUCUAUUCCAACAUUUUCCAUCUCAAAGCUCAAUCCAGAAAACUGAACAAUCCAGAUUUCACUGAGCAUAGCUGGAAGAUCUAUGUGACGGAUAUUUUCGAGAAUGAAGCCACUGAUACGGAAGCGAAUUGCAAUAAACUGCAGCUAGUGUUCGAUCCACAGGUCCGUGGCACCGGCAAGGCUAUUGGUGAUAUCGACGUGCGAUUGGGGAACCUCAAAAUCACCACGAACUCUCAGAAGAAUAAGUUUGCUCAACUGUUCAACGACAAGGAACUUGUCCUUUUGCCGAGCGAUCUGUAUGGACCCUCGAGAAAGUUAUACCUUGUGAUCUUCGAUCCAGUGCAUCCGGAUACAUUUCUGGCGUGCGCUAAAAUUCGGCACUUGAAGCCAAAAUCGGCACGCGCGAUGGUCAAUGGAGGGGGAAUUAAGGGUGAAAUGAGAUUUGUUCAACGAUCUCGCUUCGAACCAACAUGGAUCAAUGCGUCCUUCUCAUCGAUUACCAAUGAACUUCAGCAUAACGUAAACUAUGCCAAAGAUGUUGCCGGUUUCAAGAUAAACACGCUUCCACUGCAUUCUUAUUCGGCUGAUCAAGAGAACUUCUGUUCCACAUCUGGACCUACACUGAAUCCUUUCAAUAUGCAAUCCAAAGAUAUCCCACCGCCUGGUUUUGGGACACAAGAUCAGUACCCGGUGGGUGAUCUCAGCGGGAAACUAACUAAUCGGAACAAAAAAGAGAUGCACAGGAUGUAUCUUCCGGGAACGAGUGCUGAACUGAACGGAUACUACUGGGAUGCGUUCCUUCCGCUGCAAGGAGUGCACAACGUUAUCUUCAGAGGUUUUACCGUUGAGCGCUACAAUCGUAGUGACCCCUCCAACAUAACGGCGAUGCCCUGGGCUUGUGGAGCGGUUACUUUGUAUGAGAUUAGCAGACCAUAUCAGAUUCCUAUCGUUACGGCUCAAGUACUGUUCCGCUAUCCCAUCGUCGGGCGAAUCCUGUUCCGACAGGUAAAGGAUGAGUUUUGGACCGAUACGGCGGUAAUUUUCGAGUACAUGAUACACGCGGAUGGUGCCCAGAAUAAUAACACCGCCGAACAUCGCUGGGCAAUUACGGUCGAUCCACCGGGCAAAGAUUUUUAUGAUUGGCAGAAUCGGUGCGUCAGUACGGGUGCGUUCUACAAUCCGCAUGGAGUGUCACUCGUAUCGGGACAAAACUGGGAGGAACAGUGUACCACGCACUCGCACGAACUGUGUCGUCUGGGGGAUUUGUCGAAUCGACUGGGGACGUUGGAAAUCGCCGGAAGUAAGAAAGACGCUCAGCGAAUUAGUCGGAAGAUGUUUGUUGAUCCGAACCUGCCGCUGAGCGGUCAUGCGAGCAUCAUUGGGCGAUCGAUUGUAAUAUUCGAUGAUCAUGGUCCGAAGGCCAGAGGAGAACGGCUUGCGUGUUCGAGAAUCGGGGGCUACCACCGGAGGAAAGUAGUCGCACGAGACUGGUAUUCGAAUGGAGAUCCACUGACCAUCAAGGGGAAAAUGGAGAUGCUGCAGCAGUCUGAAUAUGAUAACACAAACGUGGAGGUGGAUUUCAAGGGACUCAUCGCUAACAGUGGUUACCAUGUCCACAUCAGCCCCGUUGAGGGUGAGCUGGAGUUCCCGUGCGAGGAUUCCACCGUGUAUGGCCAUUGGAAUCCACGGAAUGUCGACCCGAAGAAAUCGCCUCCGCCCGCCAUGGGAAGCACUGACGAGUACGAGCUGGGAGACCUCAGCGGGAAGUUUGGAACCCUGGAUGGGGCUACGAUGUACGAACAGUCGUACAAUGAUUCCAGGCUGCCCCUGUUCGGGUACGAAAGUAUCAUUGGCAGGAGUAUUGUUGUGCAUAAGAAGGAGAAGAAUCGUCGCUGGGCCUGCAGCACCUUGGAACGUGGGUAUAGCCCUAGUGAGGCACGAGAGAUACGUGCAAUCGCUUCGUUCCAUCAUCCGGCUGGGUACGCGUAUGGUUACAUCCGCAUGACCCAGUUGAUCGGGAAUGAUGGAAGCCAGAGUGACACGGUCAUAGAGGUGAAACUGAGAUACCCGGGAAAGCACGACAGAAAUCAGACAUCGAACCACCGAUGGCACAUUUGGGUUAAUCCGGUGGGAGUGGAUGCAGCUGUCCAACAAGUGGAGACGCGGUGCGUGGCCGCGGGUUACGUUUGGAACCCCUACUACACCCAGCUGGCCGAUCCGUUGAAUCAAGAUCUAUACCGCCAGGAAUGCGGCCCCGACAAUCCACUUCGGUGCUACGUGGGGGAUAUUUCUGCCCGCCUCGGACCCAUCAACAUCGGAAGCCGUCGGAUGGUGUUUUCCGACACUAACUUCCCACUGGAGGGUCCUGUGAGUGCGCUCGGGCGUUCGAUAGUUAUAUUCGGCCCGGAUUUCUCAGGAAAUCGUUUCGCGUGUGCAAAUAUUGAACCUGAUCACGACAUUGUCAAGUACAUUAAUUUGAAGAAACCUCCCCGAUUUGUGGUGGCACAGUUCAUGGAGGACAUCCGAGCCGUGAUGGGACUGCCCGAGUGGAUGUUGACUAUCGAUUCGCGGAGCACUAAAACGCUUCACAACGGGGCUUGCAUUCAGAUGAUUGUCCACUUCAAGGGCCCGUAUGCGCAUAGAAUUGAGCAGGAUUUCUCCAGGCUACUAGCUACCGGGCGACUCGACGAACCGAGUAUCUACAUCGCUGGCUAUGUGAACCAGAAGCGGAAGAAAACGUUAUCCUAUCGAACCUGUGGGGUGCGAGAUCCUAACGAGAAUGAGAAUAAAAGAAGUUUUUUCAACUCUGGAGCAGGCGGGAUUGAAUUUCCGCUCCUACUGAUGGUGUUGCCGGUGGUUAGCAGUAUGCUACUAAUCACGAGUCAUGUAUAGUUACAAUGAGAUUUUAAGAGUUAAAGAACAGCUGAUAGAUGUGAAACGUGAUUAGGGGCGACCUAUUCGCCUAACCCACUCUUGGAUAUGAAGAUUUUUUUUUUUUUUUUUAUAUCUGUAUUAUAGUGACUUUCAACACUUUUGGCUGGUUCGUCACUUUUUACUUCCAAUUUUGGAAGAAUGUUGGGAGUGAGAAUUGAACUCGUGAUCUUUAGCGUGAGAGGUAUGGAUGUUACCACUACGCCAGAUCGGCUCCAGGAUAUGAAGAUGUAAAAAGAGAUUCAACCGUCAAUUGUGAUUUAGCGUUGUACAUUCCGUCCUUACUAGUAGAGUUUUGUUAUGAUCGAUUGCAGUUGUAUUAUGUGAUAACAUAACAAUAUAUUCCAGACCAAAUAGAAAAAAGUUCAUCAUACGAAUAUCGUA